GCGCCACGACGCCUGCCGCUCGCCGUGGCCGCAUACAGCGCACACGCACUAUGACCGCGGCGCACGCCAGCGCGCCUAGCUGCCAGGGGUUCUUCGCGAUUCAGCCGACAGCUGUGUGACUUUUUACCAUAGUGCGAGCCGCUCUCUGCCAGUGACUCUUACUUUUUUUCUCGAGUUAUUCAUGCUUGAUGAGACGGCCAGUAGCAUGACAGUCCUGAAGGUAAGCCAUUCCAUUCACCACCACCAUCACCAGCAGCUUCCCCCGCCGCCGAGCAGCGCCGCGUCCCCGAUGGACACUUCGGCCGUCGACUCCAGCGGCGAGGACAAUGAGAUGUCGACGCCGUCGCCGAACAGCCUCAAGGCCGCGGCGGUGACCAACAACAACAACAUAGCGACCAGCAACAACAACAGCGGGGGCAGCGGCACGAGUCCGCCGGCGCCUCCCCCGCGGCAGAGCCACAUCAGCUUUAGCGUGGCGUCGCUGCUGGCCGACACGAGGCACGACCGGCGCUCGGCGACGCCGACGACGCCAACGCCGCCCCCGGCGCCGCUGCCUCUCCUCCAGGCGACUUCCUCCGACGACGAAGACGGCUCCGAAUCAGGGCACGGUAGCCUGGUGGACGUCGAGGUCCUCCGCGAGCCGACGCCGUCGUCGCAGUCGCCGCCGACGCUGCCUCAGGUGCUCCCGCCAGGAGGCCCCGGGGGCGGCGGGGGCGGCGUCGUGGACGGGCUGCACGCGCUGCAUCGCUACCACCACCACCCCCACGCGCACCCGCAGACGGCGUCUCCUGGGGGAGGCACGGUGGCGCCCGUAAGGCCGACGCCGUUCUCGGCGCUGGCCGCGGCCGCAGCGGCGUAUUCUGCGGGCUUGCAGCACCACGGCCCCCCUGCGGGGGCGGCGGCCGGAGGCGGCGCGGGAGGCGGCUCGUGGACGCUGGUGCCGCACUACCCGGCCUCCGUGUUCCCCGGCGCCGGCGCCAUGGGGCCCGCGGCCGCAGCAGCCGCCGCCGCAGCUUUCGCCGCGGGACUCGGCUCCUCUCCAGACAGCGGAGGCGGCGAGGGCCCCAAGCUGAAGUGCAACCUGCGCAAGCACAAGCCCAACCGCAAGCCGCGCACGCCCUUCACGACGCAGCAGCUGCUGUCGCUGGAGAAGAAGUUCCGCGAGAAGCAGUACCUGUCCAUCGCCGAGCGGGCAGAGUUCUCCUCCUCGCUGCACCUCACCGAGACACAGGUGAAGAUCUGGUUCCAGAACCGCAGGGCGAAGGCGAAACGGCUGCAGGAGGCGGAGAUCGAGAAGCUGAAGAUGGCGGCGGUGGCGGCGGCGCGGCCGCACCACCUGUACGGCGGCGUGCCGCCCGCCGUGCCGCCCCCGCACCACGCCUACUUCCACCCGCACCCGGCGGAGGCGGCGGCCGCCGCCAUGCUCAUGGGCCACCACCCGCACCACGCGCACCACCAUCACCACCACCACCAC